CCCAGCGCAAAUACCCACUCCCCACCGGCCACUGACCGCACGCACCACGCCACCGGCGGCGCGUCGCCGGCCUACCUCCGGCGCCCACCAGUCGCUCCUCUCCCCCUCCGGCACCCGUCUCAGGCGGCCGCCACCUGCUGCUCCGGAUCUGAUGAACUAAGAGUUCUGUUUGCAUAAUUAUUGCAUAAAUGUAAGGUUGAUUGGGCCAACUUGCUAGAGAGCGUGAUGGAAUUCAAUAGAGAAGAAGCCAUACGGGCUAGAAGAAUUGCUUUAAAGAAGCUGGAGAAAAGAGAUUUUUUUGGUGCCCAAAGGGUUGCACUUCAGGCACAAAGGCUUUAUCCAGAGCUUGAGAACUUAUCCCAGUUGUUAACUGUAUGUAAAGUGUACUGUGCAGCAGAGGAAAGGAUGAACAGACAGUUAGACUGGUAUGGUAUUCUCCAAGUAGAGGUAACAGCAGAUGACACGGUCAUAAAGAAGCAAUAUGACGAACUUGUGUUUUGGCUUCAUCCUAACAAGAAUACUCUUCCUGGUGCUGAAGCUGCUUUCAAGUUGGUUUCAGAAGCUCAUACGGUAUUGUGUGAUCAUGUAAAGCGGUCUCGCUAUGACAUUAAACGACAGGCUACACAGCUAUCAGACACGACUCUAGCAAACAGAAGUGGUGUGGCCAGACAUGGGAAACCAUAUGAUUUGACAGUUGUGUUCUGGACCAUAUGUCCGCACUGUCAAAAGCGAUUUGUCUACUACCAACGGAACUUUUUGGCCACCUGUGAUGACUGUGGGAAAAACUUCUUUGCAUUCAAAUUGAAUGAGCAGGCUGUGCCCUCAACAUUCCUAUCAGCUCCACCAAAGAAUUCCCAAGUUUCACAAGAAAUGGUUUCAUGUCAGCAACAUGUUGUCCCUGACCGACUGGUACAGUUCAGUAAGAUUCAUGCUACAGGAGGGAGCAUGGAUCCCACACAUACUGAUGAACCUAUGAAAUGUGAUGGAAGCUCAGGUGGUUAUGGGGAAGUCAGUUCAGAGGCAAGAAGCAAUGUAGUUCAGUGUUCUGCAGUGAAUGAAACUCACUCUUCGUCAGCUUCUGCGGACAAAGGUACAACUGGAAGCGUGAUGCUAGAGUCUCUAGAUCAUAACAUUGUUGCCAACCAGAAUUUGAGUAGAGAAGAUCCAUCUACAGUUCUAAAUGCUGCAGGGUCCUGCAAUCUUCAGAGAUUAGGCAAGAGGAAGCAAGAUGAUUGUGCUGACAGCAGCCCCAGCAGGAAUUCUUGUAACCGUAAGAGGCAAAGUAAGGACAGUUCACUUGCUGAUGUUAAUUCAAUUGAGGAUAAAAUGUAUAAUGAUGAUGUUCCUGGUGUUGGCAAUCAAGCUGCCGAAGAUCUUCCCAGCACAGUGGACUUCCAAGAUGAAGGAGAUGCAACGCAUGGAGGCAGUCAGUACAAGAAGGAAGUUGCAGAUAUUAACAUUUCUAGUCAGAUGCAUGGCAAUCCUGUGAUUACCUAUGAGUUCACUGACGGCAGCAGGGACUCUUGUAACAAUAAGAGGCAAAAGAACGAGAAGGACAACUCACUCGCUGAUGUUAUUCCGAGUGGUGAUAAAAUUUGUAAUGAUAAUGUUGCUGGCAUGGACAAUGAAGCUGUCGAACAUGUUCUCAGGACAGCAGACAGCCAAGAUAAAGGAAAUGCAACACAAGAAGAGAGGCAGCAAAAAUACAAGGAAGGGACAGAUUUUGCUAAUCAGAUGCAUGGAAAUCCUGUGAUUACCUAUGAGUGCACUGACAGCAGCCGCAGGGACUCUUGUAACAAUAAGAGGCAAACAGAGGACAACUCACUCAUUGAUGCUAAUCCGAAUGAUGAUAAAGUGUAUAAUGAUAAUUUUGCUGGCGCUGGCAAUCAAGCUGCUGAAAGUGCUCCCAGCACAGUGAGCAGCCAAGGUGAAGGAACUGCAACACAAGAAGGGAGUCCGCAAAAGUACAAGGAAUGGACAGAUAUUGCUGAUCAGAUGCAUGUCAGUCCUGUGAUUACCUAUGAAUGUGCUGACAGCAGCUGCAGCAGGGAUUCUUGUAGCAACAAGAAGCAAAGGAAGGACAAUUCAGUCACUGAUGCUAAUUCAAGUUAUGAUAAAACGUGUAAUGAUAAUGUUGCUGGCACUGAGAAUCAAGUUGCCGAACAAGCUCCCAGCACAGUGGACAGCCAAGAUGAAGGAAAUGCAACACAUAAAGGCAGUGAGCAUAAGUACAAGAAGGAAGGGACGGACAUUGCUAAUCAGAUGCAUGACAAUCCUGUGAUUACCUAUGAGUGUCCAGACUUCUUUGAUUUUGGAAAGUUAAGAGAUGUUAACAUGAUAGCAGCUAAUCAAAUCUGGGCAAUUUAUGAUGAUCAUGAUUUCAUGCCAAGAGUUUAUGCUCAGAUAAAUCACGUUGAUGCUUCCAAUCAUAAAGUUCAGUUAACUUGGCUGGAGCAGAACACAAUGAGUGAACAAGAGAUCAGAUGGACUCGUGAAGAACUACCUGCUGCCUGUGGAAGCUUUUGCUUAGGAGAAACAUAUGUACUGCAAGACCCAUCCAUGUACUUAUCUCAUAGAGUUUCAUGGGGAAAAGGGAAAAAUGGGAAUUCAUUUGAAAUUCGUCCUAAGCAGGGUGAGAUUUGGGCUCUUUACAAAGAGUUGAGUUUGCAGCAGAGCUCGGACACAGAUAACCAUCAACCCUUUAGCUAUGAUGUUGUGGAAGUUUCCAAUGUCUCAAUGAAUGUUGGUAUCGUCGUUUCCCCCUUGGUCAGAAUAGAAGGCUUUGUGAGUCUAUUUGCAGAAGUUAAGGACAGACCCCGUAUUUUGAUACCAUCAAGUGAGCUAUUUCGUUUUUCUCACAGUAUCCCAUGUUAUAGAACAAAUGAAAAGGAAAAUGCAGGGGUGGGAGGGUUACUGGAACUAGACACUGCAGCUCUUCCAUGUGACUUUGGCGCAGCGUUUCCUUCCACUACUCUGGACUCUUACAUGGAUCUCAGCAAGAAAAAAGUCACUGAGUCUGUUGGUGUUGCAUAUCCUGAUUCUGAAUUCCACAAUUUCGACGAAGACCGUUCGAGUGAGAAAUUUGAGCAUGGACAAGUUUGGGCUCUGUACAGCAGUACUGAUAUGUUCCCCAACCUCUAUGGUUGGAUAAACAAAGUUGAGAAGGAACCAUUCAAAGUACAUUUGACCUGGCUGAAGGUUUGCCCGCGAGGGAUAGAUAAACAUUGGUUGGAGCAGGACAUCCCUGUGAGCUGUGGUAAAUUUGGGAUGCGGAAUACGACUUCUGAGCAUCAUGAGACCUGUGCCUUCUCCCAUUUAGUCAUAACCAGGUGCCAAAUUGGUCCAGGCCGUCAGGUCAAGAUUGCUCCAAAGGCAGGUGAGGUCUGGGCCAUAUACAAGAAUUGGGCACCCGGCUGGGUUCCUUCCUGUAAAGAUUGUCCUGCCGAUUAUGCUACUGGCGAGAUCAAGAUGUGCACUGAAACUAGCACACUGUUUGCUUUCCUGACCAAAGUCGAUGGCUACAUCUCUGUGUUCAAGCCUGAUGUGCAGAAGGGAGCACUGGAGGUACCAAGGAAAGAGAACCUGAGAUUUUCUCAUCAGAUACCGUCGUUCCGCCUUACGAAAGAGAAUGGCGGCAAGCUCCAUGGCUUCUACGAGCUUGACCCUGCUGCUCUUCCUGAAGUUCUUCUGUAGGAACUAUGAAGCUUCUUCCCCUGAAUCGCCUCUUUUGACGUCUGACUUGACUCGAGACUGUAAAGGGCAAAUGUUUGAAACUUGUAGGGUGCAUAUGUGCUACCCUGUUGGUGUACCUGAAGUUCAAAACCAUGCUAACUUCUUUUGCUAUAUAUUCUCUUCUGUAGUAGACUGUAGACAUGCUGUCUGUGAAGUAAACCCCCCAAUUGUGCGGCGUUCUCCAGCUUUGAACUCCAAAAAGUGUUGUCAUGAAAUUCUGCUUUAAUUUCGAUCGAAACCUUUCAGUGCACAUAUGUGCCAUUCA